AUUUGUUUGAAGCAAACAACUUCGAAACUGUAGCCUUGCAGAUUUGAUACUUUGCACAACAAGGCUCGCGAGAGGAUUUUCUCCCGCUUCAAAGUCAAAUCGCGGGCCGAAAGUCAAAGUGAGGACGGAAGUCUUGGCACCGCGGUGACGCUGAGCUGUCAACAACGAUAAAUAACCACUUUUCUUAUCCUCUCUACUAAAUUCCGCCGGAGUUGCCUAUUGACAUUUGGUCCGUAGUUGCGCCCUUGGUGAUUUGCGCAUCGGAGCUUCCAAGGUUCUAAGCCGGAUACCAAAACCAGUUCCGCCAUCAACCAGCAAAAACGACAGUUUCCAACAGCUUCACAAUGGCCCCAAAGAUCUCCGAUGAGGAUGUCUGUCUAGCUAUAUACAAGUUUCUGACCGACGGAUCGUUCCCCGAGGCAGAAAGUAUCGUUUCCGCGGAGUUUCCCUCUACCGCCGCUGCCAAAGAGCUCCGACAUAUAGCCAAAUCUAGAGAGGAGGUUGAGAAUGAAAUCUCUCUGCUUAGUCGAGACACCGCAUCAGAUGUGGAUGGAUGGAUAUCCCAGGCAAAGCAGCUCCAUGAGGAUAUUGAGCGGUCAAGAUCAACGGCGCGGGAAAUCAUUCGACAGCAUGAAAUUGGACAGCAGCUUCAAGGCCAGGUUACGGAUGCUUCCAAGAAGGUUGAACUGUUGGAGAAUGAGAUCGCUUUCAACGAGGCUGUAACGAGGAAGCUGGAGGACAUUCGAACCAUCGACUAUCGCAUAUCCUCUGCCCUGAUGGCUAUUGAUCAGGACGGUCUGGAAACUGCUACUGGGCUUUUCGAAGAGAUUGAGAUGCUAAUGAAAACCACCGAUUUACCUCCGACCACUCCUGUCCUCCGUGUAUUAUCUGGAAAUGUGGCAGGCUUGCGGACUGCCAUAGCGACAACUGCGCUGCAAAAGUGGAAUUCGUUGGUCAAGCUUGACUCUAAAUUAGGCCUAAUGACUGUUGUCACUGACGACUCUGAACCCUCUUCCAACCUAGGCAAUGUCCUCAAUGCCCUGACAAAGUUGGACAUGCUGGACUCCAUUGUAGAUUCCUUAUAUAGGGAUGUUUAUUCUUAUAUCCUAGAUCCAGUCCUCUUACCACCUGGGACGGAAGAAGCCUUCACUAUCUCGUGUGAUGGAAAUUCGAUUCAAUUGCUCCCUCAACCUUCAAUCACUCAGCCAACUGACAUUUUCGAUACCCUUACUCGUUUCUUAAGAUAUCUUGAGGAAUGUCUACCAGCUACAAUCAAAAAUCCCCUGAAUUCAAAGUUAGCUCCGCCGAUGAUUUCUUCUCUCAUUUCGAAGAAGUUGCUACCUUCCAUACCCGCAGAUGUUGAUGGAAUGAGGGAAUUUCAGGUGAUAUUGGAGCAUAUCCAUAAAUUCCAACAAGCCUUAGAUGGCCUUGGUUGCCCCGGAUCGACUGAAUUAACAUCGUUUACACAACAAAUACCCCGCAUAUGGCUCAAUCAGCGACGAAUCAAAUCCUUGGAUGAAGUCAGAGUUGCUUUAUCCACUAGCUCGGGGGAGACACGUAAGGUAGAAAGGGUGGAAACAGAACAAGUGUCUCAGAAGGAUAAGGUCUUUUCUGAAAAUUCUGAUGAUUGGAAUGCUGGAUGGGCCAGUGAUAACGAACAAAGCAAUGACGCCGGUACUCAAAAACAGCCCGUCAACCAGGAGGAUGAUGAUUUUAGCGCCUGGGGACUUGACGAGCCUGAUACGCUAGAGCCAGAACAGCAGAAUAAGCCGGCUGGCGGUGAAGGAGAUGAGGAUGAAGACGCUUGGGGCUGGGGCGAUGAAGAUGAGGGCGCAGACCCUCCCCCAGAGCCAUCUAGUCAUGCGGCUCAACCUACAGCUCAUGUAAAUGGCGGUCAUGGAGACGGAAAGGAUUCCCCCCGUCGGGAAGUCACUUUAAGGGAAUUUUAUACCAUUUCGAAUAUACCCGAUGCGAUCAUGGGGAUAAUUCAAAGUCAAGUCUCAGAUUCUGAAAAGCUCGCAUCAGCAGAGUAUUCGAAUCUUCCAAUCGCUUCGUCCGGUCCUGCUCUGCUCUCACUCCCGACUCUAGUCACUGCAAUGUUCAAGGCCCUAGCACCGAUGUUCUACUCUCAAAAAUUCACCGGUGGCCAAAUGUUCUUGUACAAUGAUAGCAUGUAUUUCGCGGAGCGACUACGGGAGCUGACGGAGGCACAUAAUCUUCCCCGAUUAAAGUCCGAUACUGAAACCCUCGAGAAGUUCGGUAGGAUUGCCUACAGCAAAGAAAUGCAGGCGCAACGCACAAUAUUGUCUGAUCUGCUAGAUGGAAGCCAGGGAUUUGGCAGUUGUUCCGUACAACCCUACCUAGGAGAGUGUGAGAAUGCAGUCAGCGCAACAGUCGAUCGGAUGCGACAUCUUCAUAAAGAAUGGCAGUCCAUCUUGUCGCCAUCUGCACUUCUCCAAUCCAUAGGCUCUUUGCUCUCAACUGUCAUAAACAAGAUGAUUCUCGAUAUCGAGGACUUGAGCGAUAUUUCAGACCCUGAAUCACAACGGCUUGCAGAAUUCUGUAACAAGAUUUCUAAACUUGAGGAUUUGUUCCUUCCGGAAUCUAAAUCCGGUCAAAAUACGGUUGGUGAACAAUCAGAAGCUGUACCGAUGACGGCGGUAUAUGUCCCGAACUGGCUAAAGUUCCAAUAUCUGACUAACAUUCUUGAGAGCUCAUUGGCGGACAUCAAAUAUCUGUGGACGGAGGGUGAAUUGCAACUCGAGUUUUCUCCGGGGGAGGUAAUAGACCUGAUCAGGGCGCUCUUUGCGGAUUCGGACCAUCGGAGGAGAGCGAUUGCUGAUAUUCGCAGGUCUUCGCGAACAUCGGCAUAAAUAUAUCUAGGAUAAUGUAUUCAUUAAUUAAUCUACGGGAUGGUUCAGUACAUCAGACAAAUUUUGUUUAAGCAUACUAUAUUCUCCAUUAACUUAUUUUAAUUAUUUUCUAUUGCACUUGUCUCAUGGCAAUUUAAGCGCAUUCCCGGAAUUUGCACACUUUGCCGUUCCGGCCACCGUAAAAAAAACC